AUGCAGGUUUGGGAAUUCACCAUCGAUUUGUUUGCAGCAGCACACAAUGCACACACAGCAAAGUUCUACACUAAAGAACAAAAUGCAUUACUACAAAAGUGGGCAGAUGAAAUAAACGCAUGGGCGAAUCCUCCCUGGGAGCUAGUCCCAGACGUUCUUGACAAAGUCAUAGAGAAAGCCACGAGCAUUACAAUAUGUGUACCCCACUAUCCAAAUGCGUCAUGGUUCCCCAAACUUAUGUCACUGCUAGAACAAGAUCCUAUGAUAGUCAAAAACAUGAACAACACCUUCCUACAAGGUGGCACAACGGCCCGUGGCAAAACACCUUGGGGAGUCACACUAGUAGCCAAGAUAGGCACAAAGUCACCAUACUUGACCAAAAAAUAG